AUUAAAUAACCAAACGGGGGAGAAACAGAGAGAGCUCUGAACCAAAAAAAAGUACGUUAAUGGCGACCACUAGAAUGUUACGGACAUCUAGGCCGACCAUGGGGCAUGUUCCAUCUGCGAGCAACUCUUCCACAUCGGUGACUACAAUGAGACUGGUAAAGGCAGGGUUCCAUGGAGAGAAGAUGAUUUGUGGGGAUGGCAUUGAUCAUCAAAGGAAAUCAACGGUUGCUAUUAAGGCACCUGGGGCUGCCACUGCAACCGGUUGUUCCACUACUGCUACUGUAGAACCUAAAGUUGGUCCAACUGGAAUAAUAGAUGUGGGUUCUCUACUUGCUAGUGUUGGUAGUGCCAUGGUGGAAGUACUGAGGCCAGUUGUUAAAAGAAGAUCCUAUUGGAGGUUGCAUGUUCAAAUGUUCAUUGAAAGGGUUAUUGUAAACUGCCGAUUCUUUACAUUAUUUGCUGUUGCUGGAUCCUUGCUCGGUUCUACCUUGUGUUUUUUAGAGGGUUGCUUCACUAUUGCACAGGCGUAUCUCCUAUAUUUCAAUAUUCUAUCACAAACCUCUGACCAGGGACACAUGGUGCACCUACUUAUAGAAGCCAUAGAUAUGUUUUUGGUUGGAACUGCCAUGCUAAUCUUUGGGGUAGCACUAUAUGUCAUGUUUGUGGGAUCAAAAAAUUCGAAUGAAAAUCAUCAAUGGCUUCCAGAAUCAAACUUAUUUGGCCUCUUUCACUUUAAGGCACUUCCAACAUGGGCUGGAAUGGAGUCAGUUUCCGAAGCAAAGUCAAAAAUUGGGCAUGCUGUGUUGAUGAUACUUCAAGUGGGAUUGUUGGAAAAAUUCAAGAGCAUACCUCUUGUUACGAGCUUCGAUCUUGCCUGCUUUGCUGGAGCUGUACUCAUUUCCUCUGCCUGUAUAUAUGUUCUAUCCAAGCUCUCCAUCAACACUUAAAUGGUAGCAUGAAAGAGAGAUAUAUAUAUAUAUAUAUAUAUAUCACUUGCAUACAAAGAGUAUCAAUAGGAAAAAGUAACAGUAAGUUUAAUUCGUCAAGUCCAUUACAUAUCAAUGAACAAAGCAGAAAAGAGAGAAGAGAAGAAAAUGACAUGGACGAGCAUAAAACUAGCGAUAGUCACCUCUGACCUGGUUUGAUAAACAAAUCAUGGAAGCGGACACAGCCUGUGGCGUGGUGCAGCGGAAAGCGGAGGCAGUCUCUUGAUUUGUUUUCUGAAGGCAUACAAUAGUCACAUGAAACUCACAAUUUUUUUUUCUUCCUUUAUGUUAAUCCUGAUGUUUAUAUCGCUAUUUGAUAUCUCAUUAUUCUUCAUUCACAUUGCUUAAUAAAGAUUAUGACUUUUAAUUUUGUUUA